GCUGAAUUUUCGUAGGAAGGGUUGGACCUGGAACAGACUGACACAGACUCAGUGCGGUAGCACACAAGAGUGUCUGUGCGGAAGUGCUUCGAAACGCGCUGCAGGAGUGGUCUGCCGUCGCGACAAUUCUCACGCUUUACACUUUAAAAAGACGCUAAUCUCAGGUCACAAGCAUAAUCUUAAAUAUUACCCUGAAGGACUCGGUGCUCCGUAUUAGUGGGAGGCGGAUAUGCCAGGCAGACCCCAGGUAAUGACGCGGCCGAAUCACAGCGAGCACGUCCUGCAGCAGCUCAAUAACCAGAGGGAGUGGGGCUUCCUCUGCGACUGCUCCGUUGCAGUGGGUGACGUUGACUUCCGGGCCCACAAGGCUGUGCUGGCGGCCUGCAGCUCCUACUUCCGGAUGAUGUUCAUCAAGGACCAGCGGGCUCGCCUAGACCUCAGCAACAUACCGGUCAGCGCCGAGUGCUUCGACCUGAUCCUGCAGCUGAUGUACUUGGGGCGGACCAUGACAGAACCUGGAGACUUCGAGGAGCUGAAGGUGGCCAUGGCUUACCUGCAGAUGUAUUACAUCCCAGAUUCCCUGGAGGAUCUCAGGGGAAGCCAGAGCGCUAAUGCUAACCUCCCUCCACCCUCCUCCUCCUCUUCCACCUCCUGCUCAUCUUCCUCUAGCUCCUCCCCAUCCUUGGGCCCAGCGGAAGCCAAGAUGAUGUUCGGGGUACGCUUAUACGAGCAGCCGAGACGGAGCAGUGCGGAGGGAGAGCGCCCUCUCCAGCACCCGUUGGCUCCCGCGCCGUCCGUCCUGUUAGCCCCUGCGCCCGUCCCCCAGGCUGUCAGCAGGCCUCCCACAGAGGAGCCGAUAGCUACACCCCUUGUGCCAAGGCCCGUGCCGGUGGACAGCGUGACAGAGCGACCCUGUGACCUGCGGAAGAGGCCUUCGGGACGCCGGGCUCCCGCCAGAGAGCGCCCCCGUUUCGGCCGCACCUUCACCUGCGACGACUGUGGCUUCGUCUUCAGCUGCGAGAAGCUGCUGGUGGAGCACGGCCUCACCUGCACCAACCGCAAGGCCUUCCAGACGCCGGAGGCCCGAGCCCGGGCCCACGGCGCCCCCGCCUGGGGGGAGGCCUCAGGCUUCGAGGGGUCGGAGGGGCAAGAGUGGAGGGAGGGAGACGACUGGCGCGAGCGUGGCCUGGACCCCAGCGUGGAAACGCCGAUAAGGUCUGUAGGGACGGUCACGGAGAGCGGGCCCACCAGGAACGGAGCCACCAUCAAAGUGGAGCUGGAGGAGAUCUCUACCAUGGACGGCGUGACGGCGGUCCGGGUGGGCGAGAGCACGGAGGACGGCGGCCCGUUGAGCCCGCAAUACCAGGAGGAGAAGAAGAACCGGUGCCCGUUCGGCCGAGGGGUUGAAGAGACCGGCGCGUCAGGGGUGGAGGACGGUCUCGCGUUCGAGGAACCGGGCGCCGUGCCAAUUAAGCGGGAGGAGCAGGGCUCGGAGUGUGAACCCUGCGAGCUCUGCGGCGCCCCCUUGGAGGAGGAGGACCGCUCGGCGCACUACAUCUCCAGCCACAUGGCCCACAUCUGCGCCUGCGGGAGGUGCGGCCAGAUCUUCGUCCGAGGGCGGCAGCUGCAGGAGCACGCUGAGCGCUGCGGGGAGCCCCGGGACUCCGCUCGGUCGCCGGCGGAGGCCGACGGGCAGGCCUGGGCGUGGGGCUCGGGGGAAGAGGGUCCGAUGGAGCGCGGCGGGGCCGGCGUCCGCUGCCCGCACUGCAGCCUGCCCCUGGAGAGCGAGGAGAUGGCCGCCAGGCACGCGGCCCGCUGCCGGGAGGAGGGCGGAGGUGGGGGCGGCCGCUCUUACCGCGCGGGCUCGCACAGGAAGGGGCUGUAUGAGCGCGGCGGCCCGCGGGAACCGCGAUACAGCCGGCGGCUCCUACGGGACAGGCAACUGCGUCCGCGAAGCACCCUCGGGCAAGACGCGCCCCGGUACUGCUCUCCUGGCACCUCCUCCGCCGGGACGCCGCCUUCCUGCACGACCACCUGCGCCACGUGACCUCUCACCUGCUGUGCACCAACUGGCAGCGCUGCCCACCCGCCAUGAUGUCACAGCCUCCUCCAGCACUGUGACCGAACCCACAGACAAGCGCCCGUAAGCCUAUGGUCUACAUGGGGAGAAACUCCAUACCACAUCAGACAUGGAGACUUACUCCGACUUCUGACAAACCGAAUAAUUCCUUAGUGUUUUGUGCACGCACGUGUUAGUUCUAUGUUUUACAGAAGCCAUAAAAUUUGUAAAUGGUUGUAUUCACAAUAAGCACCGAAAUUGCUUGUACAAAGUACAAUUAUGAAUCGUAUGUGUAAUCAUAACUGAGUCCACUGUGUUGCUUUCUUUUGGGACAAUAGUGGCCUGAGCAUUCUGUGCACAUUAAAAUGCGUUCCCUUUUUCAGCCGCAGUUACUUGUAUACAUACAUUCCUGAUGGCACAGGACAAGUCUUGUACGAUUACACAAGAGGCAUGGAGCCAACUUUGGUUGUCUACUGCUAAAGGACUAGCUGUUACUUGUACUCUUGUGGUAAUGUGUCCUUAUUUUUGUGUUUGUAAGAGAUGUUUCAUUGCCAGAAUGUGACAUCAUUUUUUUCUAUUAAUCCACUCUGUCUUUCUCAGUCAUACAGUUAUCUGGAUGGAUUUGGAUCCUAGCCUGUUCCUAGCAUUAGAAAACCUACAUUGUGGCUUAUGGAACACAGAAAAACACAGAUUCUAUAGUGUCAAGCACUGGUCUGUAGCACACAGAAUCUUUGCGUGAGACAGAAACUCUGUGAUUAUACAUAAGUUUGGCAGACUUGCAGAACAGUGCAUAUGUCAGUUCAGUGGGUUUAUAAGAGCAAGAAAUACAGAGGACGGUAGACAACAUCAAACAAGGAAGUGCUAGAGUAACAUGUACUCUCCGCAUAAUUUAAUAUCCUGACAACAUACCCAAUAUAAAAAGCUAAGAUGCUUAAGGAAAGUUGAUUGAGGGAGGCUAGAAACAGUCUGUUGUGUGGUGUCUGCACUGUGUUUGGCCUGCAUGGGAACAUGGCCAGCAGUACUGCUCUCCAGAUGGUUGAUGUUGUGACAAAAAUGUUUAUGGGGUUGGUUUUCCCUUUGAAUUUAUUCCCGCACACACUAAGUUCUCUUUUCUGGCUGAAAAUAUGGACUUAAUUUGUGAAAUCAUAACGGUAUGACUCUUGACUUUUCAGUUAUGGUGACGUGUGCUCUGUUCUUAUACCUGCCAAAUGAAAAGCUGCAAGGUUAGCUAGGUCAGACAGAUAUGUGCAUUUUCCCUGUCCGGCAGUCAGUUUUUUUAAAGAGAUAAAAACAAUGCUGCACGCCCUACUUAAUGAAGAACACUACUAUUUGUGUGAAUUUGGCUAGCACUGCACCUAAACCAAGCAUAGCCAAAUGGAUUCUGUUUUCAACAGAAUGUCUUUCAACUACCCUCUGAAAUAUGUCAACAAAUGCACAUUGUUGUCCUUUGUUUAGCUUAAAGUCUUGUACUGUCUGUGCGGUUGUGACCUUUUACGGAUCUUCAGCAAGUUCGGCUUUAGUUGCUACUGGACCCAAAGAGCCUGGAAAUGGUGACAUCACCUAUGAAGCUAAAUGUUUUGCCACUAGAGGCACUAGAGAGCAAAAUGUGUAGCGGAGGACUUGGAGCCAACAGUGCCUGUUCUCUUGUUUAGAUUUUUCUGCCCCUCUGCUAAGUGGCAGGCUCAGCGAUAUACCUUUGUGUAAGUUUGUGUUACAGGGACAGUGUGUUUGUUUACAUUAAGACAAUGAAAUGUUGGCUCUAUUUGUCAAGUAAUCUAAAGAUUGACUAGAACCAAACUAGUGAAUACUGAGUUUUUGUGUGACUGUCCUAUUUGUGUUCUCCCAUUCUUUUGAAAUUUCUAGGUGAUCUGAUGAUGCUUUUUUAAAUUUUAGUUGCAGUUAUUGGAAACAGGCUCUUAGAAAUUAUCCUUGGUACUUUAUUUUAGAUGUAGGUGUAGAACUAGUUUUUGCAUCUACGAGGUCAAAAUGUUUUGCAUAGUGGAGUUUUAUUUUCUUUUAUCAUAUACGGUAAAUAUUCUAGUUUGAAAAAUGAAAGCUAUCUUAUUUUUCAAGCCGUCAACAAAUGUCCAUUAAAUUGUUUAAUUAAACAAUAGCUAUUGGAAACUUAA